AUGGGCAUAUACAGCGACAACGCUGUCGAAGGCGAUGCUGAUGGCCUGACUUGGGCAUCGUUCAAGGACGACAAGAACUGCAUGGGAUUCUUGAUGGUCACCUUGAUUGCAGAAUGGCCGCUGUUCAUGAUGGCGGCAUGGUACGUUGAACAGGUGUUCUCUUCCGGCAUAGGUGUCCAUCGACAUCCUUUAUAUUUUCUGGGCGGAUUCUGCAAGACGAGGAGCGCUCAAGUUGAUCAGCCCAAGAAACUGGCGGGGGAUUCUGCGGCGCCAUAA